AAAAUGACAGUUUCAAUAGGAGUUUCAAAAGAUGGAAAAUAGUUUUUCUAUUUUCGAAUCUGUUGUUGAAUACUCUCUUGUGGUCGUGGCCUCGGCGGUGCUCCUGGUUCCGGUGCGGCGGCGCUAGUGGCUUCGACGGCGGCAUAGAAGCUACCACCACCACUGUUUCGGAAUCAACAAAACAGACAAUUUUCUAGUUUUUGCCUUUCUCUCUGAUCUAGAAACCCUUUUUGUUUUCUCGGAGACAUUGGAAGUGGUUAAAAAAAUUAAGAAUUGUUUAAUUCCGACUCGGAUUUCAAACUUUUCGUAGUUUUUUCUUCGGCUAUUUCGCCAUUCAACAAUUGGUGCUUCAAUCUUCUCGCAUUUUGAUCUUUGAUUGCUCUGUUUUCUUCUGUUCUGUUCUUCGGAGACAGUGGAACGUGCGAGGUUUCGUUUCACUGUUACGCAUUGGAUCUGAAAAUCCUUGAAGAUUUCUGGCAAAUUUCUUGACAUUUUCUUCUGAUCUCCGACGAAUCGUCUGACCACCGCAAUAAUUGAGGAAGUCAACAUAUCGAUCGAGCGGUUCUUUCUUUUUUGUAGACAUAAAGCCUUAAUCUAUAAGGGAGAUGCGAGAGGGUUCUAAGAAUAAGUUGAGAAGGACAUCUGAGAAGAAGUGUUUGCAUGGUCAUGGAAGAUCACAUAUAGCCCCUGAAAUUUCAUCAUCUCCACUUGAAUUGGUUGAAAGGGACAGUUGGGAGAAUUUUCCUUCUGAGUUGCUCCUUGAUAUAAUUCAGCGGCUAGAAGCUACCCAGACCAUGUGGCCCGCCAGGAGAGAUGUGGUUGCUUGUGCUUCAGUUUGCAGGUCUUGGAGGGAGACAACAAAAGAGGUUGUAAGAACUCCGGAGCAAUGUGGGUUGAUUACUUUCCCCAUCUCACUGAAGCAGCCAGGACCAAGAGAUUCUCUAAUCCAAUGCUUUAUAAAAAGGGAUAGGGUCACGUCAACGUAUAGUUUGUACCUCGGCUUGAGUCCAACACUAUCAGAGGAUGUCAGCAAACUGUUGUUGGCAGCAAAAAAGAUCAGAAAGGCAACAAGUACAGAUUUUCGGAUAUCCCUGGCAACAAAUGAUUUCUCUCAAUCUAAUCAUGCAUAUAUUGGGAAAUUGAGGUCGAACUUUCUUGGUUCCAAGUUCUCUAUUUAUGAUAGCCAGCGUCCGUGUGACCAUGCAAUCCGAUCCAAUGGUCGGUCACAUCGAAAAUGCAAUUACAACGUGGCUACCAUAUCUUAUGAGCUCAAUGUUCUUCGAACCAAAGGACCAAGGAGAAUGUUGUGCACCAUGAACUCAAUCCCCACCUCUGCAGUUCAGGGAGGGGGCAUUGCCCCAACUGUAGCAACAUUUGGGAAUUUCCUUAAUGAGCAAUGCUCUCAUUUAUCAGUUUCUAAAGGGAAAAACCUUGUUAAAUUUGGCUCAAAUAGUCUUACCGAGCCACUUGAGCCAGUUCAUGACACAAGAGAUCCACUGAUUUUGAAAAACAAAGCUCCUAGAUGGCAUGGGCAGUUGCAGUGUUGGUGCCUUAAUUUCAAAGGACGUGUCACAGUCGCCUCUGUUAAGAACUUUCAGCUGGUGGCAGCUAUUGAGCCAUGCCAAAAUGUUCCAGCCGCUGAACAAGAGAAAGUAAUGCCACAGUUUGGAAAGAUAGGAAAAGACAUUUUUACCAUGGAUUAUCGUUACCCUUUCUCUGCCUUCCAAGCCUUUGCAAUCUGUUUAAGCAGCUUUGACACCAAACCGACGUAGUGGCAACAAUGACAUUGAGUCUUUGCAGGGUUAUCUGGGCUCGAGUCUCAUGGUUCUAUAAAAGGCCUCUCAAGCAUCUUCUUCUGAACGUGGGCUUGUAAGUAAGCUUCUGUGCAGGUGUAACACUGAAUUCAGCCUUGUGGGUAUUCUUUUAGUUGCCUAGACAGGUUUUGUCAGGUUGCGAGAGAAAACAUGAUGUACAUAAGGAUUCCUUUCAGUAAUGGUUCUGUUUAACAGAAUACAGUUACGGAUACCUUGUUUAUUUCCAUUUGUAUUUGCAUUUAACCUUCUUCCCAUGAGGCUUCCCCAUCCAUCAGUGCUGACUUCAGUGUUCCUGACUGGAUUGACCAGGAUUCUCUUCGGUAAUGGAACUGUGUAAC